AUGCCUCUUCCAGAAAUCAAGGAGUACAUCGAUCUGUACGGUGCAGCAACGAAGAACGCCGUCCGUGCCGGUUUCGACGGCGUCGAGGUGCACGGUGCAAAUGGCUACUUGAUUGAUCAAUUCACCCAGGAUGUUUCCAACACCCGCACAGACGAGUACGGCGGCUCGGUCGAGAACCGGGCCCGAUUCGCGCUUGAAGUGCUCGAUGCAGCGAUCAAGGUGAUUGGCGAGACCAAGGUUGGCAUCCGGUUCAGCCCAUGGGGCAAUUUCAAUGGUAUGCGUAUGGCAGACCCGAAACCUGGUUUCAGCUAUCUUGUGUCAGAGAUCACAAAACGAUGGCCAUAUUUGGCCUAUAUCCACGCGGUUGAACCCCGAGCGGAGGGUAACCGAGACAGAGUAGUCAGGGAAGGAGAGUCAAAUGACUUCCUGCGGAAGAUCUGGGGUCAGCAGCCGUUCAUAAGUGCUGGUGGCUACAAUCGCGAGCUUGCCUUAGAAGCUGCCGAGACGAAGGGUAACCUAAUCGCUGCCGGUAGACUAUUCAUCUCGAACCCUGACUUGCCGGCACGAUGGCAGAAGAAUAUACCCGCCGACAAGGGCGAUCGUUCGACAUACUACGCCGUUGAAAGCCCGCAGGGGUAUAUCGAUUACCCUUUCGCUGACGGUUCGGUUGCCCCUGAGCAGUUCAAAAGGAUCUCUAACAGAGUGUAG